GAAGAAGAAAGAAGCUGAGAUCACACAGAAGUUCCGGGAUGCUAUGGCGAAGGCGAAAGCACGCAUCGUGGCGGAGAAGUGGAAGAUCGAGACAGAAGAUCGCAAAGCCGCCAAACUGAUGGAAGAGAAAAUCCAGGAGGAAUUAAAGAAACGGGAGGAAGAAGAGAGACAGAGGGGCGAAGAGCAGAUCCGCCAACAGGAAGGACGCAGAGCUCAGGAGCUUUACCUGAGCCUCAAGCAGGCCCAGCAGUGCAGCCAGCACAAUGAAAACGAGGACCCGGAAUGGGUGGAGCAGCUACGUCGCUCGAAAGCUGCCGACGAAGAAAGGAGCCAUAAAGCACGGCGGGCUCGGGAUGAGUAUCGGCGGCAGUCCCUGCGGGCCAUCCAGAAAGGAAAAGUCGCUGGCCUAAGCAACCUGUUCCAAGGAGCUGGUCUGAAUAACGAGCCAGAGGCCAAGCUGGCCAUCUCCUGUCCUGUCCCGCCACUGACCGUGAAGGUACCAACCAGAAAAGCUUGGGAGCGGCCUCUGAGGCCUUUCUCCAGAGAAGUCAUCAUUCAGUGGUUCAAAGUGGAACAGCUGCCACGACGUGCUGGAUUUGAAAGGAACACGAACACUAUUGCUCCGUGGUUUCAUG